CGCAGAGUAAUUGGUUGUAUCAUGUUGCGAUACAGAGCAUAUCGUGCUUUAAGACAAUGGUGUGCACCACAAAGAUGCUUGGCAACUAAAAAUUCUGUUUCAAAACUUUUAAAGUUAGGUAAACUCAAUCAUGUCGCAAUAGCUGUGCCGAACUUAGAGAGAGCCACAGCACUUUAUGAGGAUGUGUUAGGAGCGGAUGUAAGCAAUAAACAGGAUCUACCCGAGCACGGAGUUACCACUGUCUUCGUCAAUUUACCAAACACGAAGCUGGAACUUUUACAUCCACUCGGUGAAAACAGCCCCAUAGCGGGAUUUUUGUCGAAAAACAAAAGUGGUGGCCUUCAUCAUAUCUGCAUAGAAGUGGAAGAUAUACACGUAGCUGUGGAAGCAUUGAGAGAAAAUGGAAUUAGAACUCUUACCCAAGAACCUAAAAUAGGUGCUCAUAACAAACCAGUAAUAUUUUGUCAUCCAAAAGAUUGUGAUGGAAUUCUACUUGAACUGGAGCAAGAAUAGAAUAAGCGGAAAAUUAUAUCCACAAAAAUACAUUAUUCCACAUUGUUCAACUAACCUGCAUCUCAAAAUUUACAUAUGAAAGAAAAAAUGGAAAGACAAAACAAUAACUCUAAAUACAUACAGGAGAUGAUUAAUACAUAAGAUUACCUCAAAACAUAUAUGGAUGUAAAUUCUCUCCAAGCAAAGAGUUAGGAGAUACACGUACUGAAAACCCAUACCAAAUAGAAACUUGACCUAUAUACUCUUUUAAUUAUUACUUUCAAAUUCAGCAAUUGCAGUUCAUUAGUGAUGGCUAGUUCACAAGGACAGAAAUUUGCAAACAAAAACUCAUUUGUCUGGAAUUAUAUCAUACAUAUUGCGUCAGAUAAUAAAUCGCAUCGUACUAACUAUUAUCAAUUUAUUUAUCUGUUUUCAUUUUUUCCAUUAUACAUAAAUGAGCUAAAUCUUUUAAAAUAUGAUACAAAAUGUGUUUUGAUAGUGUACAUUUUAGGUAAGCAAGGAAAUGGCAACAAAUGUGAAAUAGUAGCCAUGUGUGUGCACUUAUACUUAACUGUUUCUAUAUUGCUU